AAAUACUUCUACCUUAAACUAAAACCAAAGUAUCUAUCUUAUUUAAGUAAAAUUUAUCAAUAACUUUUAACCAUUGGCACACCUCUUUUUUUUACUAAAAUAUGUUUCGCCACCUGGUAGCGGUUCUGCGCAGGCGUAGAAGCGGGGUCCGAAUGGGUUUGUGGAAACGCUUCCAACACCAAAUGCCCGAGCGCCUGAAGCAGGUUGAGACAGACAAGGAUCCCGAGUUCUCGGCCAUGGUGCUCUAUUACUACCACAGGGCUGCGCAGACGCUGGAGCCGGAGUUGAUUAAGGAGAUGGAAAAGUAUCCGCACAUGAAGGUGGAGGAGCGUCAGGCACGGGUCAGUGCAAUCCUUAAUCUAAUUGGAAGUGUAUCCACCUCGGUGGAGGUUAACUUUCCCAUUGUGCGCAAGAAUGGCACCUAUGAGAUCAUCACCGGCUAUCGCUCACACCAUGUGCGCCACAAAUUGCCCCUUAAGGGAGGCAUCCGCUAUGCCAUGGACGUGGACGAGAACGAGGUCAAGGCACUUGCCUCGAUUAUGACCUUCAAAUGCGCCUGCGUCAACCUGCCUUAUGGUGGCUCCAAGGGCGGGGUGCGUAUCGAUCCCAAGAACUAUACUGUGGAUGAGCUACAAACCAUUACGAGACGAUACACAAUGGAGCUGCUUAAGCGCAAUAUGAUUGGACCUGGGGUAGAUGUACCCGCGCCCGAUAUGAAUACUGGUCCACGGGAGAUGGCCUGGAUCGUGGAUCAAUACCAGAAGACCUUUGGCUACAAGGACAUCAAUUCGGCGGCCAUUACCACGGGGAAACCCGUUCACAUUGGCGGCAUCAAUGGUCGAAAUUCGGCCACAGGCAGGGGCGUGUGGAAGGCGGGAGAUCUCUUUUUAAAGGACAAGGAAUGGAUGGACCUGAUUAAAUUUAAAACCGGCUGGGAGGAUAAGAGAGUCAUUGUUCAGGGCUUCGGAAAUGUUGGCUCCUUUGCCUCCAAGUUUGUGCACGAGGCAGGGGCGAAAAUAAUCGGGAUCAAGGAGUUCGAUGUAUCGAUUGUUAACCCAGAUGGCAUUGAUAUAACUGAACUCUUCGAUUAUGUGGCUGAGAAGAAGACUAUCAAGGGAUAUCCUAAAGCCCAAGAGACAACGGAGGAUUUGCUGACAGCUGACACAGAUAUCCUUAUGCCCUGCGCCACCCAGAAGGUGAUCACCAACGAGAAUGCCGGUAAUAUCAAGGCCAAACUGAUUCUGGAGGGUGCGAAUGGACCCACAACCCCCGCUGGUGAGAAGAUCCUUCUGGAGAAGGGUGUGCUCCUGGUGCCCGAUCUCUACUGCAAUGCGGGUGGAGUAACUGUCUCCUAUUUUGAGUAUUUGAAAAACAUCAAUCACGUGUCCUACGGAAAAAUGAACUCCAAGAAGACUUCCGAGCUCAUCCACGAGCUGAUCAAUUCCAUCAACGAGUCGUUUCAGAGAUGUCCGGACUCCGCCAUUCCACAAAUAGAGCCCAACAAGAAGCUGACGAGGAUACGCGAGUGCACCACGGAGGCGGACAUAGUGGACUCAGCUCUCCAGACGGUCAUGGAGUCGGCGGCCAUUGGGAUCAAGCAAAUGGCCAAUAAGUUUGAGCUCUGCAAUGAUCUUCGUCGCGCCGCCUAUGUCUACUCGUCUCUCAAGGUCUUCGAGGCGAUAGAGAGCUCAGGUAUUUCCCAGCAAUGAUGCUGGAGUAGGUAU